GUUGUGACCGUGACUAUAGCCGUGUGUGAUAUAUUCGAUUUACUCAAGUCCUAUGCACAAUAAUAUAUUAUUAAUUAUCUUAUAUACUUUCGAUGUCAGUCGUUUCGUCUUUAAAAUCUACGAGGAAUUCGGUACACACAAUACGAAAAGCAUUUGUCGACGAACCAUUUUAUUGUGUUCUAUUGUAUACUAUUUAAUUUUAAACGUUUCGGAUUCUGCCGUGGCAGUAUUAUAAACGCCUUUAAAAAAAAUGUUUAUGCCAAAAUCUGACGGUCGUUUAGCAUUAACGAGCAACUUGCGUUUGCCAAACCAACCGCGACUGUGAAUGCUCCACGUUCACAUAAGCCAAGAAUAUUAAAAAAAAAACAGAAAACUGAAAAAACAACAACACCAAACGACCCUUUUUGUGCGCACCCACACCUGCAGUAGCAUGUUAAAACCGGUUAAUGAGAUUCGUCCGGCGUUAUGCGCCAAAGUUGAAAGAAACAAUGUGAACAUAAUUAUUCAAAAAUGCAUAUUCAAACAGAUGACGACGACGCCCGCCAUAGUCGCCGUAAUGGUGGUGGCGUUGGGUUGUGCGACGGCUUACGAAUACGGACCCGACCUGGCAGGCCGAUAUUGCUCGACCAGACCUAGGGGCUGUUGCAAAGGUCGGCAGGACGACUGUACGGUGCCGAUACUGGACACGCUGUGUUACUGCGAUGACUUUUGCAACCACACACGAUCCGAAGACUGUUGUCCCGACUUCAUGUCGUUUUGUAAACACAUCGAUAUUCCUCUGCCUCCAGCGCCUAUCAAACAUUGUUACGCCAAUGGACAGACGUAUAAGUAUGGAGAAACGGUCAACAUCAAUUGUAACGAAUGUCGAUGUCAAGAGUCCAAUGGCAAAACACAGUUGAUGUGCAGCUCAAACGAAUGCCUCGUCGAUACGUACAUUUUGGAUACUCUAAGACACCAAGGGCACCGGUUUGGAUGGUCGGCUGGCAAUUACAGCGAAUUUUGGGGCAGAAGAUACGACGAGGGGCUACAAUUGCGACUUGGUACACUGCAUUCAAAGAAAAAGAUUUUGCAAAUGAAGCCGUUGAAAGCAGCGUACCAGCGGGGUAAAUUACAGCCAUCUUACGAUGCCCGUAAAGUCUGGGGAAAAAUCAUCUCGCAACCGAUCGACCAGGGCUGGUGUGGGGCGUCCUGGGCCAUAACCACUGUCCAAGUGACCACUGACCGUUUCGGAAUCAUGAGCAAACGCGUGAUCGACGACGUUUUAUCGCCGCAACACCUGUUGUCGUGCAAUAAUCUCAACCAGCAAGGGUGUCAAGGCGGCCAUCUGACCAGAGCGUGGAAUUGGAUUAGGAAGUUUGGACUGAUCACAGAGGAUUGUUAUCCUUGGGAAGGCCGAAUGUCCACUUGCGCAGUGCCGAAAAAGAAGAAAGAAACAAUGGCGCAGUGUCCGAGUCGCGUGAGAUACAAUAACGACCGUCUGACCAAAACUCGACUGCAUCGGGUCGGUCCUGUUUACCGGGUGGCCACAGAAGAGGGUAUCAUGCACGAGAUUAUGACCUCAGGACCAGUCCAAGCCGUUAUGAAAGUGUCCAGAGAUUUUUUCAUGUACAAAUCGGGGGUGUACAAAUGUUCGAAUUUGGCGUCCGGAUCGAAAACAGGAUAUCACUCAGUGAGAAUCAUUGGUUGGGGCGAAGAGUACCAGGGUGGCAGGAUCAUCAAAUAUUGGAUUGCGGCAAACUCGUGGGGAAGUUGGUGGGGCGAAAACGGAUACUUCCGGAUACUGAAGGGCGAAUGCGAGAUUGAAGAGUUCGUCAUCGCCGCGUGGGCGGACGUCGACGACUUUGAUGUGACCGGGAGUCCGCUGGGAUACGACGUGUUCCUACUGAACAGUCGAAAGGCAAAUUCCGUCUGAACGAGCUCCGUGGUUAGGUUAUAAGUUCGCAGUCUGAACCAGAUUGGAAAAAAAAUCUACUCCACGGCAUCUACAAUCAUGCUGGACCCCAAAUAUGAAUAAACCUACAUAUAUAUAAUAUAUAUAUAUAUGUACGAUGGACAAAAGUAGACAAAAAAUAAAUUUAAAAAAAAUCAUUUUAUAAACGAACUUCGUUCGGUAUUUAUAAUCGCUACUUAUAUAAUAAUACAUAUAUAUUAUAUUAGAUUAUCAUAAUUUAAA